CACCAUCACGCCUCAUUUUAUUAAAUUUGCUUAUCUCAAACGAGUCGCGUCUUCGCCAGUAUGACCGUUAGAUCUUUUAUUCGCAAUUUCAAAAACUACGUUACCCAUUACUGCAGUAACGCCAGCAUUCACGGUUUGAAAUUUUUGGCGGAGAAAGAUCGCAGCAUCUUGGAGAGAUUAUGGUGGUUGGUUUUCCUUACUUUCGCCAUAUUCCUGUGUGCGAGUUCCGUUUUGACCACGCACGCAAAAUGGCUCAAUUCGCCAGUUAUUGUUUCAUUUGCGACUAGCGAAACGCCGAUCUAUCAAAUUCCGUUUCCGGCCAUUACGAUUUGUCCGCUUAAUAAGAUUGAGAGUGAACAAUUAAGUAUUAAUGCAACUGGGGCAGAGACAAUGAAGUACGCGUCUUUAAUAUGCCCCAAAGCGAUGCGGUACGUUUACGAGUAUGCCGAAACUGUCGAUGAGGGUGCACUGGACUUCUUACUAAACAUAUCGAGCGAUUUCGAAAAGGACGUGUGGCACUGUAACAUGAAACAAGAGUACUGCAAUUAUGAUGAUUAUCCUAAUUUUGUGCCAACACUAUCCACAGAUGGGGUGUGUUUUUCAUUUAAUUCCUUAGAUCGAAGCGAUUUAUUUACGUCAGAAACUGACUUGGACUACUACGAUCGGUUAGGAAUUCCACAUCAGCCCAAUUCCUCUUGGAGUACCAGAUACGGUUACCAUUUGAGUGCGCCAUUAAUAACCUACCCCCGUAGAGCUAUCGCAACUGGCGCGUCCGGUGGACUGAAUCUUAUCCUUCACAGCCUGAAAGCAAAAUUCGAUGACCUAUGUGGAGGCGUACUCGACGGCUACAAGAUCGUCAUUCAUCAUCCCAGCGAGUCCCCCCAGUACGACCAACGAUACUUCCUGCUUCCCCAAAACGAACUGGUUUCGGUCGCGGUUAAACCCAAAAUGUUACGGACGUCGCCCGAAAUUCAAAAAUACGCCGCGAAAGAUCGCAAAUGUUUUUUGGACUACGAGAGACAACUGAGAUUUUUUAAAGUUUAUGAUCAGCAAAACUGUCUCAGUGAGUGCUUGACGAACUAUUCGUACGCAAAGUGCGAUUGUGUUGGAUUUUAUAUGCCACAUAGUAGAGGUACGCCGAUAUGUGGACCAGGUAGUGCAGAAUGUCUUCGAACAGCAAAGAAUGAGUUCUUCAUAGCCGAUAGUGAAUUGCAGCUGGAAAACUACAAGAAAGAAGUGUCACUUCGGAUGGAUUCCAUGAGUGGGGUGCCUAGAGAAAGAAAACAGUUUAGAAAAGUGGCCAAACCCAAAUGCAACUGCCUCCCAUCCUGUCAUUCGCUAAGUUACGAUGUCGAAACGUCACAGAUAAAAUGGAAUUGGCAUAACGACUUCAAGUACAGCGGCGAAACCAUAAACUCCACCACAUCGGGCAUCUCUCGAUUAAGGGUCUACUUCAAGGAUUGGCAAUUCAUGAGCUCCGAAAGGAACGAACUGUACGGAGAGAGCGAAUUCUGGGCGAACUGUGGAGGACUGUUCGGACUGUUUUUCGGAUUUUCCCUAAUGUCGGUUAUUGAAAUUGUUUAUUACGCGACCCUUCGGCUCUGUUGCAAUAUCAGAAAGUUUGGUUUCGGCGGUUGGUCGGGCGCCGAAACGAAGGAGGCCAAGUUUUCGAAAUAA